AGGAUGUCAGGAUGUCGUGGCUUCUCGGUUUAAGUCUGCUGUGGCUUGGGCUCCUGUUGGUUCCCUUCUCCCAUGAGCUGAACCAGAAGAUCAGCAGAGCCAGGAAGCUGUGCGGCAGCCACCUGUUGAAAGAAAUAGUAAAACUCUGUGGCAAUACUGACUGGAGCCAGUUCCAAUUUGAAAAAGAAAACCCUUUGGCACAAUUGGUUCCCCAGGCCACUCCGAAAGUUGAAGCCCUUGGCCUCCAGCACUUCAAGACCCUAAAUGCCUUUCCCGGUGUUGGGAAGAGUCACAAACUCAGAUAUCAUCACAAAUGCCCCAUGCAGUGCCCCUAUAUUUAUAUAUUAAUUAGACAAAAUUUGAGUACCUGUUACGUGCUAGGCAUUCUUCUUGGUGACUGGGUUACAAGAGUUAACAACGAAGACACCUGCCCUGAUGAAGUUUACAGAAUAGUGAAGACAGAAAAUAUAACCUCUACUUCUGCCUCUCAGGAAGAAGCAAUACACAGUUGAAAGAUUCAGUCAUUGCCUGAGUAUCAGUAUAAAAAGACCAACUUGCUCCUUGAUAAGACAAGAAAAUUUUCUUCAUCACAUGAUGUCGAUCCAUACAUUCAUGAAAGUGUUAAAUUUCAGAAGAAAAGUAGAAACAAAACCUUAAGCAGUAUAUUUUGGGGGAAUCAUCCUCAAAGGAAACGCAGAGAAUACUCAGAUAAAUGUUGUCUUAGGGGAUGUACAAAAGAAGAACUUGCCAUCGCAUGUUUUCCAUAUAUUGAUUUUUAAAACAAUGACAAAAAGGUCUAUCACUUGUGCCUCAGAUAUAUUAAUCAUCAUAAGAACUAUACAAACUUAAUAAAAGCUCACUAUAUCUA